AAGUGAACCCGAUUGGAUGGCUGGCUGCCCAUUUCAGACAUCGAUGUAGAAAGGAUAUGUAAGAGAAUGGAACGUCGUGUUAGUUAACUAUGCACAGUUGCCUGACGCUGGUGGAUUACACCUGCCGCGAAGGUGAAGACAGUGACUUGGCCUCGCCUACAGGAUGCGCAAAGGAAACAGCCAUGCGUUGGAGACGUAUUACACGCUCCUUGGAUGUGCAUGCAUCAGACCAAAGCUCAUUGAGGGAAGAUAGAACCGCGAUGCUCUUGAGGACUAAUCGUUCAUUCAGAACGAACCUUGGUAGAUCAUCGGAAGGCACGGUUACAGAAACAAGCCGUCCGCGUCAAGACUCAGUUCUGCUACUAUCUAGCAGACAAAGGCCCACUUAUAUGGUUUCCCGUCGCCUGUCACGCGGCCCCAGUAGGAUCUGGGCCCCUGUUGGUCACUGCAGAUAUUUACUGGAUAGAGAUCCUAGAACCGGUGAGAUCCAAUGGAGUCCGGAAUCUAACGAAGUCUUUUGUAGUCCAAGGACCUUGACAGAAAUAUGCUUGGCAAGGCUGGUUCGCGACUGGCCCUGUAUGUUGCCCCCAAGAAAACCGUCUCUGCGAAAUGUUGUCAGCUUCCUCUUCAGCGCAAGGGAAUCCCGAUCGGACACUGCUUCCAGCCAUGCACGAUCUGGUAUACUCAAUGGCCGCCGAGCUGCCAGCAUGGCAUCCGGAGCAAACCAUGACUCAGACGACCAAAAUAGGUGCCCAAGUUCCGCGACACAUAAGAAUGGCUAUGCAUCGGAAUCUCAUGGAUCUAUUCUACCAAUGACUUAUCACGAUCUUCCUAUAAAUCUAUUGAGUGAUCUGUUGACGGAAGCUAUUUUACAAAGAGACUGCGCUGCAAUCGCAGGGUUAGUGGCAAAUUGGCCAAAUGAGCAGCUGGCUAUCAGACGUUUGAUACCCCAAGAGGAGUUCCCAUUGUCACCAAACUACCUCACCAACCCGUCGUUUGUGCUUGUGAGUCCGGAAAAUCGACGGGGCAACCGAACAACACUAGUGAAAGGUCCCAGUCUUCUGGAUGCAUUCAUUUUGGGUCUCCUUAGCCGACAGCCCGUCUGCAAGCUCACAUCCCUGGACUUCACAGGCUUCGAAGAAGAUUUACGGGUGAGCAUUGAACUGUCCCGCUUACCUAUUCUCUGGAUGAAACCAGAAAGUCGUAAUUCGGAGUACGUCCGGCGGCAUUUGAUGGCAAGUCUUCAUAUUGGCAUUCCGAAGAAACGACUUGAAACUUAUUUUUCACGCAUUGCGGCAAUUUACGCAAUUUACGAAUCGGAGCUAGGUCACGGUGAACCAUUUGGUGAGUUCUGUCCCGACUAUUUCCUGUCUAUCACGCAGUUUGAAAUGGAAGAUCCAUCUUUGGGGAGCAGCCUAGCCGUCGUUUUACCAUCGGCUGUUGGUUGGCUCAUCAGCUUACGAAAUUUGCGUGCCUGCUCACUGCCCGCGUGUAUUCCACCACCACCCGAUCUGACCUCUGUGCCACCCUCUCGGACAUCCACGAACUUUUUCCCUCCUGUUCAAGACGCACCUGGAAUACCACAACGUCGCUCAAACAGGUUCCAGAGUUCUUCAUCCUCAAGUGCACACACAUCGAGUACGCCAGUUUUCGCCUCAAACACUGCCGCCUGUCGCUUAUUGAAUCGUGCGCUCAUUUCAUUGCGUUACCUUCAGAGGUUGGGACUCGCUAGAUGUCAUUUGACAGGGCAGUUGAAAACUCUUUUGAGCGGACUGAGUCAACCAUUGGAAUACCUCAAUUUGCAAGAUUGCUGCCUUGCUCCGGAGGAUGUGGGCUUUCUUGUGCACCACUGGCGACCUCUGCACGGCCUGUACGAAUUGAAUCUGUCUAGAAACAAUUUAUCCAAGGUACCGGACGAGACGUUCGUUCACCUGGUGGAUACAGUGUGUAAAAGACCACCUGGACAAUUGGUCUGUCUCUCGAUAGCAUACACAUGCAUGUCUACCGACCGAUUAACCUGGCUUGUGGGUCUGAUGGCCGGCAUGGUCAAUGGUUCUCAAGAUACCGAGGAUAAUGUCGCUGAAGAAGAGGAUAAAUCGGACAAAAUGAUAUACGCAACAUCAACUUUACGCGUUCUAUGCAUACAAACUUUUGUUCCCCCAACGCGUGAUGUAAUACAUCGUAUCCUCUAUCGUGUAGCUCGUCUUCCGAAACUACAACGUCUGCAUUUGUUUCCGGCGGCCUAUGCUUUUCCAGGGGAUGGUGAGCCGAAUCAACGGGAACUUCGAACACAAUUUAUAUCUCACAGCCGAAAUUACUUGACGCAACGUUUUAGGCCAGAUAUUGAGGUUCUAUAAGCAAACUGUUCAUGUGGCAUUAAACUUGUACUAUUGUUUAAUUCCACCUGCUCAUCGGAAUGUGUCCAUAUUUUCACAGCCACCAUUCACGUGACGUGGUGCUAUGUAACAAAUAUGACUUUUUUCGCAAAA